CAUGUCGGCAUUGGAACAGACUUUCACCCAAGAGCUCGCCCAGUUCCGAUGGAAGGACCAAAUCCGUUUGGUCCGCUUGUUUGGCGCUCCCAAACCCGAGCUUCAGACUGUCAAAACCACGUGGAUGAGAUGCGUUUUCAAGCAUGCCGAGCCCGCUGCCCGAUUGUUUCAUCACUUGAACGAGCAAUCCACCUUGGAGCUCUCCGCGAUACAGGGGCUGGCCAAAUCCAUGAUGGGGUUUUUCCUGUCCGAGUCGCCGAGUACAUUGGAGGAAGCCCUUCAACAUCAAGGUGUGGCGCCUCUGCCAGAGCUCUCACCGCUGGAUGAAUUGAUGUUGGAAUUGCUCGUCCCAUUCAAGAGCGAGGAUAUAAUGGGCGUGAUCCGACGAUCCGCUCUCCACGAGAACUUUCAACUGCAAUGGAACCGCAUGGGGUAUCUGAUUAGCAAGUUCCUUCUAUGGAUGGAAGGAGCCGAGGCUCUGCUAGAGGACUUCAUCGCCACUCAUUUGGCUCAGAGCAUCAUCCAUGCUCGUAUUGACAGGUUUCAAGCGGUUCUCUUUGUGGUGCGAGCGGCGUGCUCCGCUUCAAAAUCCGGACUCUUUCCCAACUAUCGCCAAUGGUGCCAACGAGCCUGGAAACCCGCCCAUCAACCGUGGAUGAGCCAACCCGAGAAAUGGGCCACGUUUCUGGACUUCCUCACCCGCAUGGUGCCGUACGAGCGAGCGGUCUGUUUAACCGCACACAUUGCGGUCCCCUUCAGCCAUGCCUUGACGCCCUCCAUGCGGGCCCUGUGGUCGGAUUACUGCCAUCUAGCCCGGACACGCCUCUCCGAUUUCAAGAGCUCGAAUCGACUGGCCUCGGACGAAGAGCCAUCCAGUAUCUUUCAGCAACCCUUCUUGGGAUCUUCGUCGGAAAGUUUGCCGGAGGUGAAGCAUGACGUGACGAAGGCCUUGGCCGAGUUUGAGGUGCAAGGCCGGAAGAUCCCGCAGAAGAUCCUGGAGGCCAGCAUCUUUCGCAAAGCCUACUUUCAAGGUCAAUUCCUGCCUUGUCUCUUGUCGGCCGAGUUCAGCGGCCCUGGCCAAGAGGCAUUCAUUGAGGAGCUGGUGAAAAAGGGCAAAAUCCCCCGGAAGCUGCUAAAUCAAUAAACCUACCUACCUACACAUAUCUGUCUACUCGUAUCUACAUAAAUCUGUAAUGAUGAGACGGAUUAAUUAGUCCGUGAACCCAGAAUGGGACCAGACUUCAGAGAUGCUUACACAAAUAUUGUAAAUAACGGAUCCAAAUAGAUAUUCUCGCAAGAAAGUAAAGACUUGAAAAAAAAAACCAAAAUCUU